AUGGACAAGCUGACCAUCAUUUCAGGGUGCCUGUUUCUGGCGGCGGAUAUCUUUGCGAUUGCCAGCAUUGCCAACCCGGACUGGAUCAACACUGGCGAGUCAGCAGGUGCCCUCACGGUCGGUCUAGUCCGGCAAUGCCAGACGAUCCACGGACGAGACCGGACGUGCAUCCCUCCACGGUUGCCCCCUGAGUGGGUCACUACUCUUUUCUUCAUCAUCAUGGGCAUCAUCUCUCUCACCGUCACCUGCGGACUCCUCGUGGCAUCGCACUGGCGCCGAGAGGCCACCAAAUACGCUCGCUGGAUUGCCUUCACUGGCAUGAUCCUGUUCUGCAUGGCGGCGCUCAUCUUCCCUAUAGGCUUCUACAUAAACGAGGUUGGGGGCCAACCAUACAAGCUACCCAACAACACCGUGGUGGGCUCCUCCUACGUGCUCUUCGUCCUUUCCAUCUUCUUUACAAUAGUGGGACUGCUGUUCGCCGGCAAGGUCUGCCUCCCGGGCUGA